CUACCCGAGACGUCAAUCAGUGACGUACACCUGUCAUCGCUCCUCGGGCCAGCGCACAGACAGACAGCGACGGAACGACUGGGAGUGUUUAUGGCUGCCUGCUUUCCCCGAAACGAAGUUAAUUCUUGGUCUUUUUUAGACAAAUCUAGAGGGAAAUCGACGUUCUGCUCCGAGUAGCGAAGACGGCAAAUCUAUUCUCCUGCAGACGAGGCUAACUUUCAAGGACUGAAUGAAUCCGUCGAGCGAAAUUUAACUUCAUCGAUCUGAGAUAGUUUGGAAAAUAUGCUCAGCGGAAGUCUGGUUAAUUUUACAGUAUUUGAAGUCGUGAAGUUCGUCUUUUAACGAAGCGCGUUGUGACCCCCGUUUGGCGGGUAUAUUUGUAACUUUUUUUCCUCGACAGCGGUGGAGAUUUUCAUUCGGCACAUAACGUUGGCUAAAAUUUAGCAGGUUAGCUAGGUGCGUUAGCUGUCAGCGUAGCUUUACUAUUUUGCUGCAGCCGAAGUUCACGUUUGAGCAACUUUUUAAGACGAUGUCUUCCUCGCGUUUCGCAAUUAAUAGACCUUUUGCACACGCGCCUAAGCUGUAAGUAAAGUCGGCUAUUCGGGAAUUUGAAUUUAGCGGUAUUUAUGAGGCUAGUGCGGGCGCUUUCGCGUUAAAUAUUCGUCGGGGAACGAUACCAAGCGAAGAUGUUGGGUCAAACAGAAUAACAAGACUCGGUGGGGAAGGAAAAGAGCGACGGGCUCAGUUGAAUUUAAAGCUGAUGUGAAGAACCUGUCAUCUGAUAAACAGCUCGCCGGGAACCUCCAUCAGAUUUUUUCCCCCCAUUACAAUGUCGACCAUCUCAGCAUCCGAGAAAGUGGACGGCUUCACGAGGAAGUCCGUGAGGAAGGCGCAGAGACAGAGAAAAUCCCAGGGUUCCUCGCAGUACCGCACUCAAAGCGCUCCAGUGGAGCUUUCCCCGCUGCCGCAGCUCAAAGAUACCCCGUCCUCAGAGCAGCAGGAGCUCUUCAUGCAGAAGAUUAGCCAGUGCUGCGUUCUCUUCGACUUCCUGGACUCCGUGACGGACCUGAAGAGCAAGGAGAUCAAGAGGGCCACGCUCAACGAACUAGUCGAAUAUGUGUCGACCUACAGAGGGGUGCUGGUGGAGUCCGCAUACCCGGACAUCACCAAUAUGAUCAGCACCAAUAUUUUCCGCGCACUUCCGCCAAGCGACAAUCCAGAUUUCGACCCGGAGGAGGACGAGCCCACUCUAGAGGUCUCAUGGCCUCACAUGCAACUUGUCUAUGAAUUUCUGCUCCGCUUCUUGGAAAAUCCCGACUUCCAGCCCAGCAUCGCAAAGCGACAUAUUGAUCAGAAGUUUGUUCUUCAGCUGCUGGAGCUUUUCGACAGCGAGGAUCCACGAGAGAGGGACUUCCUGAAGACCAUCCUGCAUCGGAUUUAUGGAAAAUUCCUCGGCUUACGAGCUUUCAUCAGGAAGCAGAUCAACAACAUUUUCUUGCAGUUCAUAUAUGAAACUGAGCACUUCAAUGGUGUUGCUGAACUACUGGAAAUUCUGGGAAGUAUCAUCAAUGGGUUUGCGUUGCCUCUGAAGGCCGAGCACAAGCAGUUCCUCAUGAAGGUGCUCAUCCCGUUGCACACAGCGAAGAGCCUGGCGCUUUUCCACGCACAGCUGGCGUACUGCGUGGUCCAGUUCCUGGAGAAGGAUCCCACGCUCACAGAGCCGGUGAUCCGGGGUUUGCUGAAGUUCUGGCCUAAAACCUGCAGUCAGAAGGAGGUGAUGUUCUUGGGUGAAAUCGAAGAGAUUCUGGAUGUCGUUGAACCAACCCAGUUCAAAAAAGUCCAGGAGCCGUUGUUUAAACAGAUUUCUAAGUGUGUGGCGAAUGCACACUUUCAGGUAGCAGAGCGCGCUCUGUACUUCUGGAACAACGACUACAUUCUCAGCCUCAUCGAGGAGAACAUUGACAAGAUUCUACCCAUCAUGUUUGGCAGCCUGUACAGAAUCUCUAAGGAGCACUGGAAUCCGACAAUUGUAGCUCUGGUUUACAAUGUGCUGAAGACGCUGAUGGAAAUGAACUGCACGCUGUUCGACGAGCUGACGUCCUCCUACAAAGCAGACAGGCAGAGGGAGAAGAAGAAGGAGCAGGAGAGGGACGAGCUGUGGAAGAAACUGGACCAGCUGAAAGUAGGGAGCGCUCCUCUGGUCCAGAACAACAGCCACAGCCUCCCCAGUGUCCAAAACAACAACAACAACAACAGUAAUAACAACAACGGGAGCCAGGAGACCACCACCACCACAAGCGACAAAGACCUUGCCGUCACUGUGGAAGUCGAGGACAGCACCCCAUGUGCCAAAUGACAGUAGAAACCAGAUUUUCUUCUUGGGGUUCCGUAACGGUUUGCCGGACCGUCAUGGGGGAGGCGCAGCGGAGACGACACAAACGACACCUCAGCAGUAUAAUAAAUCUACUUUAGCGAGUGCCAGUGGUUCUUUUGGCCGUAAAGAAAUCUAAAUGUUCCAGACUCUCUUUGGAUGUUACAUUGUGGCUGCAGUACAUCGUCUGAAGAUAUCUCCUUUUCACCUUUUAGUUUCUUAACUGAUGAUCUUCUUUUUUUUUUUUUCUUGUAUUCAACGUAUGAUACAUGGGACGGGAGAAAAAAAAUGACUUGAAUUUAAUGUUUCUGAUUGUUCUCCAUUUAGAAAAGGUCAAUGGCUAUUUAAAGAUGUCUGUUUUUAAUGUGCUUUUUUCGUCGUCGCUGCCAACACUCGGGUGCAAAACCUUAAAACUCAGAUGUUGGGAGUGUUUUGUGCAGAUGGGACCAGAUCCUUAUACAUAACCCCCCCCUCAUAUAUAUAUUUAUAUUUACAGAGACCCAUUUAUAUGUAGAGAGGAUUGAUUUUAAGGACCAGAAUAAGCCUGGGCACCUCCUUGUAGAGAAGAAACCUGUUGGGAGAUGAUUAAGCUAACCACUUACACAGAGUUCUGACUCUGGGAGUGACUCUGCUUUAUAUUAUGAAUUAACAGGUAAGAUAAAAUAUAUUUUUCAAAAUAUUUUUUUGUGAUGCAUAUUUUUCUUCUGGGUGAAAACAUGAAGCUAAAGCAUUAGGUGCCUAUAUUUAUACCGUUAUUCAUGUUGAAGUAUUGAGGAAGGGCUUUAAAAGAUGAAGCUUUUUUUUUUUUUUUUUUUUUUUAAAUCAAAUGAAUAGUUUUUUCCAAUUUGUGGAUGUUUAAGUACGGGCCACUCUUUAAAUUAAGCUUAAAGUGCUGCAAAAAUCUGUUUUAUAUUUGCAGGUUUUAUGCAUCGAGGAGGAACCCAAAAACAGUUGUUGCUUUAAUCUCCGAUUUAAAAAAAAAAUGACAAAAACUGACAUGAAAUUGGAUGUUGAAUGUACAUUUAAUAAUGCUAAGUUUGAGGGCUGCUUACAGGGAAAUGCCACUCAGCGCCAGAUUUUAUGCUCAGUUUAAUACUUGUGUGGUUGAGGGAGGUGUAGUCAGUGCUUAUGAUGGGUCUGAAAGCAAAGGCUGGAACUUGAGAGUUUUUUUUUGUUUACCGAGGAACACCCCAAAAAACAUUCUGCUCUAAUAAAGAAAAUCCCCACCAGAAAAUCUGUUCAUGCCUGUUUGCUGUGUAGACUUUGUAAAGUUUUUUUUUGAUGUUGGAAGCUUGUAAAAAUGUGGUCAUUUUCUCGGAGAUGAUUGAUGAUACGGACCACAUUCCUCUCUGGACCUCACUGUCUGUUCGGCUCCUUUCGGUUUCUGUCAGGUCCGGUUGUCCCUGAUGCCUUUCUGUCAGUCUAGCAUUCCAGCCUCAGAGAAACUGUUGGGAACCUGUUUUGUAAUCACAGAUCUUCUAUAGGUUUCACCAUUGAAUAAAGUCUACUUUAUCUUUCUA